AAUGUAACGUGCCUUUCCUCAUACAGUGGGCACUGGCAACUCGUCAGUCGAGUCCGAAGAUCACCGACUGCUCGGCGCUUGUUAUUUUCGCCCCUUCCCCACCGCCGUCAAACAUCUGGACAUCAUGUUUCUAUAUGCCGUGUUCGCCCUUCUUUUCGCAUUUGGAUGUGUGACACAUCCGUCACAUGGGGCUGAGGUCAAGGUCAAAGACAAAGAUGACAAGUUAUGUCUUUACGCCAAUGUCAUGGUCAACUUCUCCGUUUCGUAUAUGACGUCAGAGAACAAGACUGAGCUAGCCGAGUUUGAACUUCCCUCUGAAGUCAUGUCUAGCGGAAGCAAAUGCGACAAGACCAGCUCGACACUAAAUCUCAACUUUGGAGCGGGACACUCCUGGAGCAUUAACUUUACCCUUGACGGGAACAUAUACCAGGCGGAUUCCAUCACAUUUUCCUACAACCUCAACGACUCCACCAUCUUCCCUAAAUCUGUGUUGAAUGACACUCUUUCUGUGAACAUGAGGCCUCAGAUCACCGACGUAAGCAUGAAUACCUGCUACGCAUGCAAGAGUGAAGAAACCAUCCAGUCUGACUCAGUCAACCAGACUCUGUGGAACGUGCUCAUCCAGGCAUUCAUCAGCAACGGCACACAGAGUGAAAACCUGACGACCUGUUCCGCCGACCUAAACACCACCCCCACCGCCUCUCCCACCACUGUGGCUCCAGUGACAAAUACCACCACCAGUACACAUGCUCCGACGACCAGCCCCGCCCCUACCCUCCCCACACCCUCCACCGGAAGGUUCGCCAUCAAACCGGAUGAGAACAGCACGGCCUGUCUGUUGGCAAACUUUGCCCUGCGGAUCGGAGUCAAGCAAGGCGAGAAAUAUCAGGAGAUCAACUUGGACCCCAACAUGACCACCGUUUCUGGAUCGUGUGGAGUCAACACGAGUGAGCUGGUGUUGGUGUCUAACGCCAUGACCAUCGCGCUUACCUUCAUCAAUGACACCAAAAAAUUCCGCCUACAGGCUGUGAAUGUCACCGCAAGUCUCAGUUUUGGUGUGGUCUUCUCUGAGGCGAACAGCAGCUUGAGUCUGUGGGAGGCGGCGGUGGGCAGCUCGUACAUGUGCAAUAAGGAGCAGAACUACACCAUCACCAGCCAGCUCAACCUCUUUACCUUCAACCUUCAAGUGCAGCCAUUUGCUGUGAAGAAAGGCGUCUUCAGUACAGCCCAUGAGUGUCCAUUGGACGACACCAGCAUCUUAAUCCCAAUCAUUGUCGGCGCUGCCCUGGCUGGCUUGAUUCUCAUUGUUGUGAUCGCAUACGUGAUUGGUCGAAGAAAGACCUAUGUUGGGUAUCAGACCCUCUGAGAAGCCACUUUGCAAAUCAGUCACAACAUAUGACGGGGUCCCCCAAGCCUGGUCCUUGCUUGGAUUUAUGUGCAAUGAACUUGAUUGGCUCCCAACAACUCAAAUUUGUCAUUGAAAUCAGAAAGUUGUUUUGUGUGUUAAACAGGCACACAGAGCAUUUCUGAGAGUUUGCAGAGACAAUAAUGUGGUAGUUUUCCCUUCAAGGACCAAACUUGUCUGCUCCCUGUGUUUUGUGUUCCUUUGUUUUUCAUUUGUUUUUAUUUUUGUGAAUGAGCAAAUGCAACAUCCACAUGUGUUGGCCCCAAUCACAUGUCAACAUAACGUCAGACUGCAGACAUAUUAAAGUAUCUUAAUAUGAAUGUGGUAAAAAAAAAAAAGUUCAUUAUUUCAGGAGUUCAAAAAGUGAACAUAAUUAUUAAACACAAAGUAAUUUUGAGUGCCAAUUUCAAUAUGAAAAAUCAUUUUGUUUCCUUUGGUCAAUUUUGGCAUACCUUCUGAAAAAGUUUUCCACGAUAUUCAAAUUUAUUGAGACACACCCGUGUCACGAUAUCACACUGCUGGGGGACUUUCUUCAACUACACUGGCAAUUUUGCAUUUGCUCUACUGAGACUCCAUGUUGUUUGCCUGAUGAUUUCAUCCCUUGCACAUUAUAUUCAUUUACUUUGAUUUAGUUUGAUUUGUAUUUUUCCAUCAUCUCAAUAAUCCAGGAAUGGGGAACCAAUGUCAUGUGGUCUGUUUUUGGCCUGCCAUGCAAGUCUACAAAUGAACCCUCAGAGGAACUGUUUGAAAAAGCUCCAAAACAUUUAACACACAGAUGUUCGAAAUGUAGUUACUUUCUAAAACUUUGGAAGAAAACGUUCCCCACCCCUGCAAUGAUUGAAUUUAUUGAUGCUGAAUAAUUUCUCAGGAUUCAGAAGCAAAUCUUUCACCAAAGCGCAGAAAAUGAAAGUUGUCGAGAUAAAUCAUUCACUAAAGGGUGAAAGGUGUGCACCACUCGGGAUGCUUAAAGAAGCAGCUUUAGCCAGUGUUUGCCCCUGUAAAGAGGGAGAAACGCCCAAUUCCACAAUUGUGAAAUACCUUUUUGUCCCCACCCACACACUCACAAGACGUUAUUACGUGUCAAUUAAAACCAACACCAUCACUUUUCGGUCCCGCAUGUAGACAUGUUAUAGCGUUUUCUGUUCAAAAGGGUCUGUAACACUUUGCACGAGUCAGAAAAAUCAAUCCGAAGAGUCUUUUCUUCCGUAAUAGUUUGAGACACUAUGUUCUGAAAAGGGAUCGUAUUGUUUCAUUUGAGGAUUUUUUUUUCAUGUAAAUGCACUAAAAUGCUCUUUACCUUUUUUUUUCUUGGGGGUGGGGCGCAUAUGUAUUUGGAACUUGUGUCACGUGAUAAUUGUGUUGUGAUCCAGGCUCUGAGGGCUGCAGGUGCUCCUUAAUUAAAAUGUGUAACAUGGUCAUGUUGGUGGUCACUUGACAAAUCCUAAUUGAAGAUACAGAUGCGCAAGAAGUUAUGUGGGCAGCAUUCUGAUUGGCUAAAUCCUCUUGACUUGCUCACACUUGCUGUCACUGCGCAUCUGUUCUUGCCUCACUUCCUUGAUGACUUCAGAUUUUUAGGUGAAGCUUUCAACUGGCUCUCCUUGCAGAGUGCCACCAUUUUGGUAUGGAAAGCGCUCAGCACCACGCACUCCUUGACUUCCUGUUCGAAGGUCGUUUUCCUCAACAUGCACUGCACCCAUGUCAGAGCCUCAGUUUAGCAUGUGUAUGUGUGUGUGUGUGUGUGUGUGUGUGUGUGUGUUUCCACCCCCCAUUUCCUUGUCUUAUUGCGACAAUAACAAGCCAGUGUGACACUUGUGUAUACAAAGGAGUAUUAGGGUCGUGCUGACAAGAAAGUCCAAAACUUAGAAAAAAGUCAAAAAGCCGUUAUUGUAUGAGACGGAAGUUAAAUAUUACAGUGGUAAAUUAUAUACAUGUUAUAAGUUGUUUAAUAUUUUUGAGCAUGUCACACGAUCUUAGAAAUUAUCAUUUUCUCUAACUUAUUACGGUAAAUUAUUCUCCUAUAUUCAAUUUAUUUCAUUUGAAUUUGUUGUCAUAUAAAAACUAUUCAUACAUCAAUAUUUCCUAUUACAUUUUUUUGCCAUAUUAAGACAAUAUUCUUGCAAAAUUACACCUUUUUUUUACAUUACAACUUUCAUAAAUCACAUUUUUCUCAAAUGUGUAACAGCUUUAUUCUCGUAAAUUAUUGUCACCUUGCAGUGUUUAACCAUACAUUUUUGUCAUAUUGCAACUUUAGUCUCAGAAACUGACAGUUUCACAAAGUAUGAGGAUUUGAUUCUCAAAUUACUUUAUUUUGUUGUGUAUGACUACCGCUAAUGUAAAAUGUUUUUUUCUCGUCCAUGCAGCGAUUUAUCACAUAAAAUAAUUUUUUUCUUCAUAUUACAAAUUUAUACUCAUGUCAUUAAUUCUCCCGUCAUAUAACAAAUUACCCACCCACCCCCAAUAAUUCUGAGACUAUAUUCUCAUUGGAUUUUCAUUUUAUCUGUUUGCCCCGACUAUUCCUUUGUAUGUUUCAACUGGUCCAGCAAGUCUGAUGAUUAUUUGUUGUUUGUUUUGGGUUUUUUUAAUCCCCUCCCCAUUCUAAAAUGUGCUGCUUCACCUUGCUUCCCCCAGGACUUUGUGUCAGUGUUUGAACAAUUGCAGCUUUGUUACUUUCCAUCUUUUUGCCACAUCAACCAAUAGAGAAUAGUGCCUUGCUCAGUACAAGUAUUAAUUUUCAUGACAAAGCCUAUGAAAGGUUUAUUAUUUCUCUUCCCCCCCAGCAUCUCCUCCUAUGUUCAACAAAAGGGAUUCUAUGUGUGUAACCUUGCUUUGUUUUGCUCUCACAAACUGGAUUAUAAAGUGUUUCAAACAUGUUGGUUUUAGUAAUCUGGAGGUUUAUGAAAAUAAAAGUAUGCUACUGUCCUGGC